AUGUAUUCCUGGAAUUAUGAUAGACUUUCUGGUGUACUGCCAGCUAGCAUCGAGGUUACCACAUCCACCUGGCGACUCUCGCAGACGUUCAAAGGAAAGGUUAACCCCCAAAAGGAGAAGCGUGCCCUUGGUCAGGAGUCUUUAAGUCCUCUGAAUCACACUAUACCAAAAGCCUCCAAAGUGUUAGAAGAUGCAGCUCUUCGUCAGUAUGCUGAGGACCUUCUUGCUGGGCUUUUUGCUGUGAACCCAGGGGGAACUACCACCAAAUGCCAGCACAGAAAUGUGAAGAAAAGGGAGCCGGUGGAUGAAGUCCUCCAGAUUCCCCCUUCGCUGCUGACAUGCGGCGGUUGCCAGCAGAACAUCGGGGACCGCUAUUUCCUGAAAGCCAUCGAUCAGUACUGGCACGAAGACUGCCUCAGCUGCGACCUGUGCGGGUGCCGGCUCGGAGAAGUGGGGAGACGCUUGUACUACAAACUGGGCAGAAAGCUCUGCAGAAGGGACUAUCUCAGGCUCUUUGGCCAAGAUGGCCUCUGCGCCUCCUGCGACAAGCGAAUCCGGGCUUACGAGAUGACCAUGCGGGUGAAGGACAAAGUGUAUCACCUUGAAUGCUUCAAAUGUGCCGCCUGUCAGAAACAUUUCUGUGUUGGGGACAGAUACCUCCUCAUCAACUCGGACAUAGUAUGUGAACAGGACAUCUACGAGUGGACUAAGAUAAAUGGAAUGAUCUAGCAAAGACAUGCCUCCAUAGUCCAUAAAAGACAUCUUGUGGGCAACACUGAUGCAUCAGCUGCAGUGAGGACAUCAUCACUUGAGCUAUGGGCUGUGUCUAAAAUGGGGGGAAAAUACCACGGAGUCGGCCCUUUGCAGGCAGUGCUACGUAGAAUGUAAACUACAUAUAGGUGAAGAAGGGAGACCGAAGCAAUAGUAGAUAGACUGACUUCUAUUAACAAAGUCGUAUGGACAGUAACUGACAUCAGCCACGUAGGUGAGAGUUGAGGAACAAACACAACGCGAUAACGAAUUCUCGUAACUGGAAAAAGAGUAGGGACUUCUGUAAAGAGAUGUUAUGUCUUUGUCACCUGCAGACUAGGAUUGUGCAAUUGAAAUUUCUUUUCGUCUUGUUUUAGUUACUGAGUUUAGAUGACAGCUCCUAAUGUAGACAUGAGGAAGAACACCAGAAGAAAAGGGCCAUCACUUACGUUGUCAUUCUAUACGGCCUUAUACUUCGGGUAGGAGAGAAAGCGGGAAGAGGGUGGGGGCUAUUUUUUGCAUGGAUUUUUUUUUUUUUUU